AUGUUGGAAACUUCAUGGGAGACCGGUACGUACCCAACCCAAGCAAGUGUUGCUCAAUCUCAACCUGGGGAACCAAAUUCCCGAACCAUUUCCGCUGUUGAGUAUGAAGAGUUUGUUCGAUUUAAAGCCACUCCCAAAGCUUCUGGUUUAACUCUUGUAGCCUACACUGAUGGAACUCAUACUGCCCUUGUAUCACAAUCUAGCCUGAGCGGACCAUGGGUUAUCGAUUCAGGUGCCUCUGAGCAUAUCUCUGGACCGUCGUUCGGGGAAGAUGAUUGGCUCGGGUUUGGGGUGUCUAUUGAAACUUUACGAAGUGAUAAUGCUGGAGAAUACUUUACAACUCCUUUAUCUAACUUUCUUGAUUCAGCGGGCAUCCUCCAUGAGUCAUCUUGUCCCGAUACUCCACAACAAAAUGGGGUAUCUGAACGUAAAAACCGGCAUCUCGUUGAAACAGCCCGCACCAUGAUUCUCCACUAUAAAGUCCCUCCAGAAUUCUGGGCAGAUGCUAUCCUUCAUUCCUGUUAUUUAAUAAAUCGUAUGCCUUCAUCUGUUUUACAUGGAGGGACCGAGGUACAUUUACCUCAAGAUCCGUCAUCACCUAGAAAUCCUAGUCCCUCACCUACUGAACCUCCUUUACAAAACAACAGUGUUACCCCCUUUCCUUACACUUAUCAUCGCCGCUCUCGACCACCCACGACAGUUCAAAUCGAUGAAAUCCCAACUGAUUCAUCUCUCGAGCUAUUUAUGCCCUUGAACCUGGUUCCGGCAACAAGCUCUCCUAUCACAAGUCGUGUAGGUAACAGGUCAUCACGAAAUCCCUUUCCCAUAUACAAAUUUAUUUCAUAUGAUCGUCUCUCACCUUCAUAUAAUGCUUUUAUCACAUGUUUAUCUUCUGUUUCUGCCCCUAAAUCUGUUAAAGAAGCCCUUUCCAACCCUGGUUGGCGUCAGGCUAUGGUUGAUGAAAUGGCUGCUCUUCAUUCAUCGGGGACUUGGGAGUUAGUUCCAUUACCCAAAGUUGGGCCCAAUGGACAGGUUGAUAGACUUAAAGCUCGACUGGUAGCCAAAGGAUAUACACAGGUUUUUGGGAUUGAUUACACUGACACCUUUUCACCAGUAGCUAAAAUUGCUUCGGUCAGAAUCUUUCUUUCUAUGGCUGCCGUUCAUCAUUGGCCCUUGCAUCAGUUAGAUAUUAAAAAUGCCUUUCUGCAUGGAGAUUUAGAGGAAGAAGUCUACAUGGAGCAACCUCCUGGGUUUGUUGCUCAGGGGGAGAGUAACUUGGUUUGUAAGCUCAAACGUUCUCUCUAUGGUCUAAAACAAUAUCCUCGUGCCUGGUUUGGACGGUUCAGCAUAGUAGUGCAAAAUUUUGGUCUAAAUCGAAGCAAAGUUGACUAUUCCGUCUUUUAUAGACAUCAACAUGGUAAGAGCAUUUAUCUUGUUGUAUAUGUUGAUGAUAUUGUCAUUACAGGAGAUGAUGUUGAAGGAAUACAAUUGUUGAAACAACAUCUAUUCCAACAUUUUGAAACAAAAGAUCUCGGGAAGUUAAAAUACUUUUUUGGAAUUGAAGUAGCACAAUCCAAGCAAGGAAUUUGCAUAUCACAAAGAAAAUAUGCAUUGGAUAUACUAGAAGACACAGGCACUGGUUUGUUAUACAAAGACCAUGGAAACCUUGAAAUUAUUGGGUACACAGAUGCAGAUUGGGCAGGUGCAUGGGAUAGAAAAUCAACAUCUGGAUGUUGUAUCUUUCUUGGUGGCAACUUAAUCUCUUGGAAAAGUAAAAAGCAAAAUAUUAUUGCUCGAUCAAGUGCAGAAGCCGAAUAUCGAUCUAUGGCCGUUGGAACAUGUGAACUUUUGUGGUUGAAAAACCUCCUUACCGAACUGCAGAUUUUUACAAAGGAGUCCAUGAAGCUCAUUUGUGAUAACCAAGCAGCUUUGCAUAUUGCAUCAAAUCCAGUUUUUCAUCAACGGACAAAACACAUUGAAAUUGAUUGCCAUUUUGUUCGAGACAAAGUUAAUUCUGGAGAUAUUACUACAUCUUUUAUAGGCUCAAAUAAUCAAUUAGCUGAUAUAUUUACUAAAGCUUUAAGAAGUCAUAGGAUUGAAUACAUUUGUAACAAGCUUGGUGCAUAUGAUAUACAUUCUCCAGCUUGA